AUGGCCGUACGGCCCAUAAAAUGGCUUCUUCUUCUUCGAGUCGAAGAAGAUAUGCUCUCCCAUCCGAUUGUUCCUCUUAUACUGGCGACCGUAGCGCUUGCAGUCACAAACAACUCUCCAAGAUUGGAUCAGGCAGCCGAGCAGCUCUUUCAUGACCGAUUAUACCAAACUAACCUUCGUGGUCCUCGGUGGACCGGAAACGAGAACCAAAACACGCUUACUACGACGGUGGCAACCGCUCUGCAGAUCGCUGGUCUUACGGUACAGACAUUGAACACAAGCUUUUCCCGAUGGGAUCCACGCUGGUGGUCUCUGAGCCUCAAACUCACCGAUGGCACGACACUCGGAUUGCCUACGACUGGAUAUUGGCCAUAUUCCGGUGACUCUGGCUUACAGGGAGUGAAUGCCCGUGUUAAGGAUGCUGGCUCGUACGCAUUAUUCCCCAAUCAGACUGCCAACGUAAAUUCGUUGGACUUGGCUGAUGCUAAUGGCUCCAUCGUGUUUUUCGACAACCCCAGUCCGACCCGCAACUACUCACAGCCAGGAUAUCAAGUCCUUGGGUCAUCGGUACCUACAGCUGCCAUCCCUGAACUCGGAAACCUCACCAACCCCCACUGGCAGUCGGCAAAAACGCUCAACUUCACGCAUGUCAAAGAGCUCGGAGUUGUUGGUGUCAUCGCAUCGUGGGUGGACACCUCGGAUGCUAAUGGCGCAUUACAAUUCCUGCCAAACUCCGGCGCUCCUGGCAAUGGCUCAGUCCACUACGAUGUGCCUGGGCUAUACGUCGGAAACUCAACUGGCGAGACAAUUCGGAAAUUAGUGCAGGAGAACAGAGUUCAAAGCGCGACUAUUGUCUUGGAUGCACCAACGGUGCAGGCCACUACCACAACUGUCAUCGGACAUCUGGCAGGAAAGAGUGGUUCAAAUGACACAGUCAUUGUGUACACACACUCUGACGGACCGUCGAUCAUUGAGGAAAACGGUCCUAUUCUUCUGUUGACGAUGGCAGAGUAUUUCGCUUCCCACCCUCUCAGUAUCAGUGUCGAUUUUGUUAUGACCACUGGACAUAUAUCGGGCGGGCAUGUGAAUGAGAGCAGUUGGAUGGCUGCUCGCCCCGACAUUCUCGCCAAUGCCAAAGCAGCCGUGGUCUGCGAGCAUUUCGGAGCACUCGAAUGGAAGGACAAUCAUAGUUCUGGCAAGCCUGUUUACGAGCCUACAGGACAGCACGAGCCGAUGUGGACGAUGGUCAACUCAUCCAGUGCAAGUGACCACUUGCACCAGCUAUACCUUGACGCUUUUGCGGGCACUAACGACGCCCUACGUAUGGCCAUGAUUUCACCGCAAACUGUCAACGGCGUGAGGUCACAAUGGUACGGCGCUGGUGGCAGCAGCCUCUUGGGGUACUCGACGAUUCCCACGGUGGGUAUCAUUCCUCAGCCAGACUACCUUUGGGCAGCUAUGGUCGACGGUGGCUGGAGUAAAUUGGACGUGGAGAUGGCCAUUACUCAGGUCAAUGUAAUCCUGAAGCUAAUAGAUAGCAUAGACAAGCAGUUUGUUGCAGGGUAG